UGGAUGUGCUAUUUCAGGACAGGAAAACUCCCCCUCGCAAUUUCUCAUUCUCCAUGUCUCCUGGACGUGAACGCAGGGAGGUAAAAGGCGGCGAUGUGAGCUUGUCAGAUCGGAGCGGGCUCUCUCUUUCACAUCAGACCUUCAGGCUCUGACUGGGGAGAUUUGCUUGCAUGCCUUCUCCUUGGGGCUGCUGCCGUGCGCUGCGGAUAUAACGGGACUCCAGUGGCAGCCCGGGCUUGACUUUUAAGUGGAUCAUUAUACAUAGAAUGGAUGGCAUAUCAGUCACUGACCCCACAGAGUCAACACUGGGAAAACGAGUGAAUCUGCUUAACCAGGAACCAUCAAGCUGACAGAAGCACGCUGGGUCGUCCUCCACAGUGGAACAGCCAGCCUUUGGUUUAGAUGAGAGCAGCGCGUCCACAUGGGAACCACAUAGAUGGAUUUUAUUAAGGACCCUCGUGAACAAAAUGCUCUUUUAUCUGCAAAAUAAGAACAACAGGGUAUGCUCAUUUGAUGUCAGUGACAGAUUUGAACCAUUUGCAGCAUGCGGUCAACAGGGACGCAUUUCUCCUCACACCUCCUGGACUCUUGACUUAUCACUGACUCUAUUUUUGUCUGUUGUGCUCCCCAAGUUCUCGGAUAACUGAUUUUGACCGCGACGCCAUGUCUCUACCCAGGCGGAGGAAAAUCAGGACUUUGGUGCUGCUGUUUUGCAUCAUCACAUUUACAACAUUUCUGUUCAGUUACACGUUCCGUGACCCGUCGCUCUACUUCUUCAAGUACGCGUUCCGCCUUUCGGACAACUUUUUCUCCAAAGGUCUGUGCGCCUGCCACCAGUGUAUGACGGAGGUGGAGGAUGACCCCUGGUUCACUGAGCACUUCAACCAGUCCAUUCACCCAUUAAUGACAAGAGAGAACAGCGUCCUGUCUGAUGAAACCUUCAGGUGGUGGCAGUGGUUGCAGUCAGAGAGGCAUCCAGCCAACUUCACUGAAGUGGUGGAGGAGCUGUUCCAAGUCAUUCCUGAUGAGGUGCUUUACAUGGACGCCAGCCCCGAACGCUGCAGGACCUGCGCUGUGGUGGGGAACUCUGGGAACCUCAAGGGAUCCCAGUACGGCAGCCUCAUCGACUCCAGUGACCUCAUCAUAAGGAUGAACCAGGCUCCCACCACUGGGUUUGAAGAGGAUGUGGGUGCCAGAACAACUCAUCAUGUCAUGUACCCAGAAAGUGCCAUAGACCUGGACAACACCACAAGUCUCGUGUUGAUCCCUUUCAAGACUCUGGACCUUCAGUGGGUCAUUAGUGCCCUGACCACAGGCUCCAUUAAACACACAUACAUACCUGUUAUAUCAAGAAUAAAGGCAAACAAAGAAAAGGUGCUGAUUUACAGUCCUACCUUUUUCAAGUACGUCUAUGAGAGCUGGCUUGAGGGUCACGGCCGAUAUCCCUCCACCGGCUUCCUCAGCUUAUUGUUUGCUAUUCACAUAUGUGAUGAGGUCAGCGUGUUUGGAUUCGGUGCAGACCAGUAUGGAAACUGGCAUCACUACUGGGAAGAGAACCAUUUGGCUGGAGCUUUCCGACACACAGGAGUCCAUGAUGGAGAUUAUGAGUAUAAUGUCACGCUGCUGCUGGCAGACAAGCACAAAAUCAGAAUGUUUAAAGGAAGAUGAUGCCAAGUAUGUGUGUAGCUUAAUGAGAACCGAAUUAACUUUUAUCAGCCUUCUCUUCUUCUUCUUCUUUUUUCCCCGCACUGGGGUCAUGAUUUCCAAAGACUAUCUCAUAACUUUUCUCGGGCUAUCCAGAGCUUUAAACACCACGGAACAAGAAAAACCAACCCACACAGAAGAACUAGAUCAUCAAGCUUGUUGUUAACUACAUUUACGCUGCUAUUCCAGCAGUGUGGUUUUUACUCACAAAAACAACAGAGCUUUUGUCUCUGGAUGUGUAACCGUUCACAUUCCCAUGUCAGGACAGACCAGCAAAACAAACAGUGUGUGGAUUCAUCUCCGGUAACCCAAAACAUGAAUGCAUAUAGGAAGGUUUGCCACCCCCCUGCACGGUGUUUAACCAAGGUGUGGAGGAAAGGACACCCUGUCACCUAGCCACAUCAAUAACCAGCUAUUGGUCACUUUGGUACUAUUAUGUCAUGUGUGUAUAUUCCAUCUGUUCUUUUAAUAACAUUUUAUGUUUGUGAACAUGCCACAGACAUAAAAAAGCUCAUUUUGUUGACAUUAAUAGACAAGAUGCCAUAAUCUUUCAAUUUAUAGCCUGUGUAUGGACGCACAGAGAGUGAUUCUGCGCAAAGUUCAUGGCUGGCCUCUAUGCAGGACGUCACAGCUGAGAGAUGAGAAUAUC